AUGGCAUCUGCUGCUUCGGCUACCUUGAGCCGAAUCCGUGACAAUACACCCAUAAUCCCAGUAAGCAUUACCCGUCUGUCCAAGGCCAAUAUAACACGGCUAAUGGUCGUCAAGGAGUCGAGGCCAAACGCCAAAAAGGCCAGCAAUGAUCAAUGGCCGUCGUUAUUCCAGACAGCGGUAGUGGCCACCGCUCUAAAGAUUCUACUGUUUCCGGCCUAUAGGUCAACAGACUUCGAAGUUCAUCGGAAUUGGCUAGCCAUCACUCAUUCAUUACCUGUGAAAAAAUGGUACUUCGAGGCCACAUCAGAGUGGACAUUGGACUAUCCGCCGGCAUUUGCGCUGUUUGAAUGGCUUCUUUCCCAACCUGCUGCCCUAAUCGAUGCUGGAAUGGUGCAAGUUCAAAACCUGAACUAUGAUUCCUGGGCCACCAUAUACUUCCAGCGAAGCUCCGUCAUCAUUACAGAGCUGCUGCUUGUCUACGCUCUGCAAAAGUACAUGGAGACCUCGCCCGCCGCUACACGUCGCCAAAGCCAUGCCGUGGGCCUUUCAAUCCUGCUCUCCCCAGGAUUCUUGAUCAUCGACCACAUCCAUUUCCAGUACAAUGGUUUUCUCUACGGCAUCUUGAUCCUGUCCGUCGUCUUUGCACGCAAAGAGUCUACGUUGCUAUUAAGCGGUGUUCUGUUCGCCUUGCUUUUAUGCUUCAAGCAUAUCUACCUUUACCUGGCACCCGCAUUUUUUGUCUACCUCCUCCGGGUUUAUUGCCUGAACCCGAAGAACAUGUUUCAGCCCCGAUUUGCAAACACCUUCAAAUUAGGCGCAAGCGUUGUCGGCAUUUUUGGGACUGCGUUCGGACCAUUUGCGGCCUGGGGUCAGCUCGACCAACUCAGAUCUCGAUUGUUUCCAUUUGCACGAGGUCUCUGUCACGCAUAUUGGGCACCCAACGCCUGGGCCAUCUACUCGUUUAUCGAUCGGGUGCUGAUCCUUGGUGCUCCCUAUCUUGGUCUAAGUGUUAACCAGGAUGCUGUAAACAGCGUCACUCGAGGCUUGGUGGGAGACACUUCGUUCGCCGUCCUUCCAGAUAUCACGGCUCGACAGUGUUUCGGGCUUACAUUGGCCUUUCAGACCAUCGCGUUGACCAAGCUGUGGUGUUCACCCAGCUGGGAUUCUUUUGUUGGCGCUCUCACCCUCUGCGGGUACGCGUCCUUCUUGUUUGGCUGGCAUGUCCAUGAAAAGGCCAUUUUACUGGUCAUCGUUCCUUUCAGCCUAUUAGCCGUGAAAGACCGGUCAUACCUGGCGAGCUUCCGACCUUUGGCAGUGUCGGGACAUGUGUCGCUAUUCCCACUUCUCUUCACCGCUGCAGAGUUUCCGAUUAAGGUGGCAUAUACGAUAGCUUGGCUCAUGAUAUUCCUCUAUGCUUUUGGGCAGUUGGCGCCAGCUCCUACCCGGAGGCGAGUUUUCUUGCUGGAUCGAUUUGCUCUGCUUUACAUUGCCAUAUCGGUGCCUUUGAUGGCAUACUGUUCGUUGCUGCAUCGGGUGGUCUUUGGGGAGAGAUAUGAAUUUCUACCACUGAUGUUCAUUAGCACGUACUCGGCAAUUGGGGUGCUAGGCUCGUGGCUUGGGUUCAUGGUAUGCUAUUUGUCUUGA